AUGAUCCAAACAAUUAGAUUGAUACUCACCAGAGUUGCUACAAUGAGGGCAAAAUCGAGCGAGGGCAAAGUAACCAACACAACUCCAAUGUCAUUGCUCGAGGUCAAGCUGUCACUCCCUACGAAGAUUAUAUUUGGCGAUGCAGCCAUUGCACAGAAGUAUGAUGCAGCAGAACUGGCUCAACUGUCCAAGAUUAGGCUUGGUGAAGGAACCUUAGGUACCUUGUAUAAAGUUGUUCUUAACUGUGGCUCUAUCAUUACAAUGAGAAAGAUCCGAGAUGGUUUGGUUAGUACUGCUGAUCUCGAGUUUUGGAUCAAGUUCUUUGGCGGAUUAAGUGAUGAAUGGCUCUUGCCAAUGCAGUUCAGUUUAUGGUAUGGUGGGGAAGCUUUUGUUAUACAUGAGUAUUUGUGCUUAGGGAGCCUUGAGGAGCUAUUACAUGGUGAGAACAAAUUCUUAUAG